GCUUCAGUCCGGUAACUUGCACUUGCAGUGACUUGUAUUGCUUUAUACUUCAUGCUGUUCACUCGCAUGCGUUUGUUCGCAACUAGUUCAAUUAAGAUAGGAAUAUGAUGAAGAAUCUCGUUCGGUCAUCGUGCAUCCAGAUACCACAGGAUUCGUUGUGGCGGAAAUAGAAGCAAGAUAUUGCGGACGCAAUAUUCGCGCAGUGUUCCAGUCGCUUCGAUCGACUUAUUCCCGGUAAUAAUAAUGGACUCUGAGUUGAUAGCGCAAGGCGCAGAGGCGCGUCUUUAUAAGGGACUCUAUCUGGGAAAGAUGUGCCUGAUGAAAGAGAGAUUCGUAAAAAACUAUCGACACCCAGAGCUAGAUACUCGCCUUACCAAGGAUCGCAUUAAAGCCGAAGCUCGCGCCAUUAUCCGGGCGAGAUCGGCAGGAAUAGCGACGCCGGCCUUAUACCUAGUAGAUCUAGAGCGACGCAGUAUCUAUAUGGAGUACAUAGAAAACGCUACAGUGCUAAAAAACUUCAUAGAUGAAAAUAUCUCGGGAAAGACGAACGUGGAUCACCUGGUGGACUUUAUCGGACGCGGGUUAGGUGUGCUGAUAGCUAAGCUGCACUCGAGGCACGUUAUCCACGGUGAUCUGACCACGUCGAAUAUAUUGUUAAAGAACAAGCCAGCCUACAGUGACUCAUCCGAAGCCGAGACACAGUUCAUAAUGAUAGACUUCGGACUGGCCCGAAUGGAUUCUACGCUGGAGGACAAAGCUGUUGAUCUAUACGUUCUCGAGCGAUCGCUGCUCAGCGCGCAUUCCGAAGUAUCAGAAUUGUUCAAUCGUAUUUUUCAUCACUAUCAACGGCAUUACCAGAAUAAAAAUCAAUGCGAGCAAGUGCUCGCUAAAUACAAGCAGGUGCAAGCGCGAGGACGCAAGCGCUUAAUGGUAGGCUAAACAACAGAAGCGAAUUCGCAAUCAGUUCUGUCAAGUUCUGAAGAAAAUAUGAAACGCAUUUUUAUGCAAUAUAAUUUUGCGCAGUUUUGUAUUAAUUAAAUGUAAAUUGUAAAUAGAUCUUCACUUUAUAUGCGAUUGAGAACAAAACAAAUUUGUAAAAGUUUGAUUGUAAUUCGAGUGUUAAAAUUAAGAUACAUAGGGCAAGAUUCAUGGUUUAAUCUUGGCUUCGAAAUUAUUUUAAAUCUAAUCAUGGAUCUUGAGAUUCUAGCCAAUGAAAUAUGUCUCGAGACGUAAUAUGUGUAUUUAAAUAAAACGAUCUUAAAUGCAAGAUCAGACUAUGAAUGUCAGUCGUAGUAAGAAGAUAAGAAGAUAUUCUUUAUACAGAUAAAUUAUAUUUAUAUGUAACAAUAUGUAACAGUAUACAAGAAGUCAAUAUAUGAUAUCUAUUGCGAAGGAAUGACUAUUGCAUACGCAUAAUGAGUUUGGCAGCAGCGAUGAUCCGUACGAAAAAGCUAUUGCUCUUUAUCCCAUGGUCUAUAUAAAUCAGUCGAAAUGCAAUCCCGAGUAUAUAAUAAUCCAAGUUACC